AACUUCUACUACUACUACUACUAGUACUAGUAUACUAUUACACAUUAUCAUUGUUGAAUGAAACUUACUUGAGAAGCAUGCAAAGCGUGAGUUCAAUUCCUUCUCAAUUGUCACCUUUAUAUAAAGCAUCUAAACUGUCUAAGUCUAUCCCUCUUUACCAUUUCUGGCUAACAAAUUGACUUCCAUUGUCAAUCAUAGAUCUUUCUUUGUGCUCUCUGGAAUGAUAGUUUCUUAAAUCUUUGUGAAACUACUUUAUAUAGGUGAAGAUCAGGGCCAUUUGAUAAGAGGUAAAGUUCAUGUAGCAAUUCACAUUGACAAUGCAAUUGCUUUUGAGGAUAAGGCUGCUUCUACUCAUAAUGAUUCAAAUGUUACUAUACCUCAACAAAACAACCUGCAAAUUAUCUUGUGGAGUAAAAGAUAAGAUAGACAGCAGCAAUGAACUUCCAACGCUUACACUAUCCGUAAAAGAAUCUCAAGAUAAAAAACAAGGAGGAGGAAGAAGAGUCGCCGCCGUAGUUGGUGGUGCUGGUGCUGCUUUAGUCAUCAUUGUCAUUGUGGUGAUUAUCUACAUCUGUUUGAGAAGAUAUAGAAGAUUUAAAAGACAAACAUCUGAUUCUGCUUCUUCUGUGCCAUCACAAGCCGUUGAGAUGGGAAGAAUCAACAGCUCGCAGUAUGUUAAUGCUUUCUCUCCACAUUACAUGCAGAACACGAGAUUGUUAACGAUUUCCGAGCUGGAACAAGCAACAGGAAAUUUCAGCCAAAGUAACAUUAUAGGUGAAGGAAGAUUUGGAUUUGUAUAUAAAGGUUUGCUUCGAGAUGGAUCUUUUGUGGCUAUAAAAAGACGCAUGUUUGCUUUGACUCGAGAUUUCAUCCCAGAGGUCAAGCAAAUAGCUCAAAUCCACCACAUUCAUGUUGUCAAGCUUAUAGGUUAUUAUGAAGAUAGCUAUCAACAAUUACUUGUGUAUGAGUAUCUCCCUAAUGGCAAUGUAGGGAAUCAUCUAUAUGACGAUGAAGGUUUACCUAUUGGAAAGUUAGACUUGCAGCGAAGAGUUUCCAUUGCGUUAGGCGCAUCCAAAGGACUCGAUCAUCUUCACGGUUUGGUCCCUCCUAUGAUUCACACAAACUUUAGUACAAUAAAUGUUCUGUUAGAUGAAAACUUUACCGCCAAGGUAUCUGAUUAUGGAUUCUGCAAAUUGCAAACAAAAGUUGAUCAGGCAGGUUCAUCUUCAAAUGUUGACUACUUUCAUGAUCCCGAGUUGAGGCUAUCAGAAAACUAUUCGGAGCAAAGUGAUGUAUACAGUUUCGGAGUGUUCUUACUAGAGUUGAUUAGUGGCUUUGAAGUCCACAACAGAAACAUGUCACAACCAGAUGAAAAUAUAAUAUUUCAGGCGAAAUAUAGCAGUGUUAUGGACGAGUUUAUCGAUAUAACAUUGGGAGAGGAAGAAAGAGUUGCUGCUAGACGAAUGAUGAAGUUGGCUUUACUAUGUGUGGAUGCGAUUCUUAGAAGACCAUCAAUGGCACAUAUUGUGCAAGAAUUGGAGCGGAUACAAAGAGAUAUUGCUCCUUUGUAUUCUGAAAUCAAUGAGGAGAUUGGUGUGGUGACUCUUGGGAGUGAGCUCUUCCAAUAAGCCUCUUGAAAUUUUUCAUGUUAAUGAUGUUAGUGUUGCAAGUUAUAAUAACAAUAUUUGUUCAAGCUAGACAAAUUAACUAGACUAAGUGUACAAAAAUAAAACAUUCAUGUUUUAAGGGAUAUAUUUAGAAUCA